AUGUCGAACUCGGCCGUCGUGAGAUGGACGGUUGGCCUCUCGGCUGCCGUGGCAGGCGUUUUUGCCUUUGCCGUUGUGCGUCUCCAACAGCCCCUGUCCGAGGCAGAUGUCGAUGGCCCCCAGACAUACUGCUAUCAGGGCGUCCGCACUCACGAUGACGAGCAACCCACGGCGCAAUGCUUCACCGUCGAGGACGGCAAGUUCUCAAGAGUCUUUGCUUGGGAUGAUGCGAGUCUGACGACCACGCCCGGCUUCGUGAUUCCCGGUCUUUGGGAUGGGCAUGGCCAUCUGCUUCAGUACGGCGAGUUUCUGCACUCUGUCGAUCUUUUUGGCGCCGCCUCCUUUGAUGAUGUUCGAGGUCGCCUCCGAAACUAUGUCGAUGCCAAUCCCGAUGCCGGGACCAGUGAGGAGUGGAUACGGGGCGUGGGCUGGGACCAGAAUGUUUACGGCCGGAUGCCGACGGCGGCAGAUAUUGAAGAGGAUGAGCUCCUCAGGGGCAAGUUCUUCAUGCUAGAUCGCAUCGAUGUCCACUGCAGCUGGGUCUCGCAGGCCGUCCUAGACCUCCUGCCUGCCGACAUCCCAGACGUCCCAGGCGGUGACAUUAUCCGGGAGCCUGGCAUGGGUGUCUUUUGCGACAAUGCCAUGGACAUGCUCUACGCCAUCUUCCCGGCGCCCGGCCUUGAGAAGAAGCGUGCUUUCGUCUCCACGGCCAUGGCCAAGCUCAACGAGGUCGGUGUCGUCGGCAUGCACGAUGCAGGUGUCUUCCCCAACCACCUCGAACUCUACGCCGACAUGGCCGGCUCCUCCUCCGACUGGACCGUCCGCGUCUAUGCCAUGCUCGAGUGCGCACAGCGCAACACGUACUGCCCUGACGCCGCCGCCAAGGUGUCCCGCGUGUCUGACCUCCUCAGCGUCCGGAGCGUCAAGCUCUUCGCCGACGGCGCCCUCGGCAGCUGGGGCAGCGCCAUGAUCGAGCCCUACAGCGACAGACCCGAGACGUCGGGCUCGCUGCUCGUAAACGCCACGACCCUCACAAAUCUUGCCAAGUCCUGGGCCGCCUUUGGCUACCAGGUCAACAUCCACGCCAUCGGCGACCUCGCCAACCGACUCGCCAUCGACGCCCUCGAGGCCGCCCUCGUCGACGUCUGCCCUGAGAGCGGCGCCAGCGGCGCCGAGGCCCACCUCGCAGCCUGCCAGGCCGACCGCCGCUUCCGCAUCGAGCACUCCCAAAUCAUCCACCCGGACGACCAGAAGCGCAUGCACGCCCUCGGCAUCCUCCCCUCCAUCCAGCCCACGCACGCCACGUCCGACAUGAAGUACGCCGAGCUGCGUCUCGGCCCCGAGCGCACCGCCACCGAGGCGUACCGCAUGCGCUCCUUCCUCGACAUUGGUCCCGUCCUCGGCAGCGACUUUCCCGUCGAGCCGCCGAACCCGUUUGAGGGCAUCUUCGCCGCCGUCGCGAGGAAGAGCCCCGCGACGGGGCGCGGCGUCGACGGCAGCUUGGACGGGUGGCACGUCGAGGAGGCGCUGAGCCUGGACGAGGCACUCCUGGGCUUCACGAGAGGCCCUGCCUUUGGUGCGUUCAUGGAGGGACGGGCGGGGGUCAUCAAGCAGGGGGCGCUGGCGGACUGGGUUGUGCUCGACGAGCCGCUCGAUGCGCUCGAGAUUGAUGACCUGCGCAGUCUAAAGGUCAAGCAGACCUGGGUCGGAGGCAGGAUGGUUUACGAGUAUCCUGGGGGUGAAGGGCUCGAGGUCGAAGAUCUUUGA